AUGGGAGGAAAUGCGGGGGUAGCCCCGGCAGGAUCGCCGCUGGGCAGUGCUGACGGGGGGGCAAGCAUCCCCACCCUCUCAGAGUGCCUCAGCACCACGUUCUCACCUACGUCUGCAGUGCUGUCAGCGGAAGCCCUGACAGUCCCAGGGGACAGUCCCCCCGCGCCCGCCCUGGAUGAUUCUCUCUUUGAGGGCAUGCCGGUGGAUCACGAAGGAGCCUCGCCCCACAAACGGCGAGCACCGAGCCAAGCAGGGCCGACGGCACCAGCCUCAGUGGAACAACAAGGCUUUCUGGUCGCCAUCACGGACAUGCUGCGAGGGGAGCUACAGGCCGGGUUUGCGACGCAGCAGAGUAGGAUCAACGAAGAGAUCGGGGAAGCGAUGGCCAAAGUCAACAAGAGAGUGGAAGCUGUCGAAAAAGGGGUCACCAAGCAGCUGCAACAGACCCUUGCAACGAUCCAGGACCUCGCGGUUAAACAGGAGAAGCAAGCAGUCACCCUCGUCCAGACGGGGGCAGAGACAAAGCAGCUGGUCAACAGGGUGCUGGCCUUGGAGGAGCAGCUGGCCCAGCUCAAGAAGGAUCAAGUUCAGAAUAUCCUGCAGCCGCACGGGGACAUCCAUCAGGGGCUCAAAGAAGCGGCCAUGGCGGUCACCACCACAAGAACAUCGGCGCGGUACCGCGAGAGCACCGACCUGAAGAAGCUACGACGGCAAGCGCAACUCACGCCACCGGGGCCUGCGCGACGAAGCAUCUUUGCAAAGGAGGACCCCAGCGCCGUGCGCAGGGAAGAUGAGCUCCGGCCCAUCAUGGCAAGAUGGAAGAACAACAAGAGGGGGGGUCUGGGACGCCUACUGUGGCUCCUCAACGACAUCCUCUACGUCAGCAAGCUGCCCGCGGGGCUGGACGAUGGCCUGGCCAUCCUCUUGCCCAAAGUCCCCGCCCCGCUCGAGUUCGCAGACACGAGGCCCAUCGCCCUGUCGAACAUCCUCCUCAAGACGCUGGCCCAGCUGCUUCUGAAAAGGGGACUGCCCCUGCUCCGCCCCAUUGGCAACUUGCAGUUCUGCAAAACGGGGAGCCAGUCGGUGGAACUCAUCAUGGCCCUCCGUCGCCUGGCGCAACAAGCCCACGAGUGGAGGGAGAAGUUUUGGAUCAUCAAGCUUGAUGUUCGUAAAGCCUUUGACUCCAUCAGCCAACAGUACCUCUCCACGCUCGUGACAGAGAAGGUCGGGGACACCCUCCCGUGGGAGGCCCGAGCAUGGCUUCAAGUGAUAGGGGCCCGGGGCUUCAGCGCGGACUCGCCGUCGCUCUUCUCAGCAGGCAUAGGGGAGGCCAUCGACCAGGUCAUCCAAGAUAUGGAAGCCCACGAGAUUCGGGGAGAUCACCCCCGUCUACCGCCCGCGCCGUUCGGCAUCGGGGCCUUCAUGGACGACACGUAUGUAUGGGGCGCGAACAAAGCUUGGGUCCAACAGUGCCUCCACGAGGUGGUCAAAAGGUUCGCGGAGCGGGGCCUUGAGAUCAACCCCAAAAAGACGAUGGUGAUGUGCAGCAUGGAAGAAGGGGGCUCCUUUACCAUCGGGGGCCAGACCGUGAACAGCCUAGGCCCCGAAGCCAUCAUGCCAGUACUGGGGUCUCCUGUGACCUUUGUCAACGCCCCGGGGGCCAUCGUGAGCGAAAUGCAGCAUCGGGCCCGUAAGAGCUUUCAUGCAAACCGGCAGCUCUUGUGCUGUGCGGAGGCGAAACUAGACGACCGUCUGCGCUCAUCCAUCACCCUGCUACGGAGCGCGGCUUUAUGGGCAUGUGAGACAUGGCCCAUAUCAGACUACUUGCUCAGAACGGCUAACAGCCUCCAAUACCAUUAUGUGCGUGAAAUCAUCGGGAGGAAGCGAAAGCCCCAAGAGGAGUGGCUUUCCUGGAAUCAACGACGGUGGAGUUCGUUCAUUCUGCGCGUCAGAUGGCAACUCCUCGGCCACGUCGCCAGACACCCGGGACCUACCCGGGAGAUUCUGUCCUGGAGGAAUCUUGAAUGGUGGCGAGCGGAGCAACAACUUCCGGACCGAGUGCGGGCUAAGCACCCGCACCAGUACAACACACAACUUGACGACGAGAGGAAAGUGGCCAAAGUGGCAGGGGACGACUGGCAACAGGUCGCCCAGCACAGGGAAAGGUGGGCUGCCAAGACAGACGAAUUUGUUCUCAAGUUCGAUGUGGAGUGGGCAACGGGGAAGCAAGCCCAGCUGGGAAACAUCCAGCAGGGCAGAUCGGGGACGGCCAAGGGCAAGGGCAAGCGGCGCGGCCACUCGGGAAGACCGCCGGCAGCCUCCCCGGGGCUGUUAGCCAUUACCGGGGGCAU